GAGGAUAAGCCGCCUGUGGCCACCGUCCCCUCCCGUUCGCCUCCCUCCCGCCCACGCAUAUAUGGCCACCCGAUCGCCACCCUCACCAAGCUCAAUAGUACCACCAUACACACAUUUCGCCGCCAAGAAUCGCCAAGGGAUCCAGGGGAGCUACCUAGCGUUAGCAAUGGCAUCGGUGGGGUUCGGCAGCAGCGUGGCGGCCGUGGCGCCGGCGUCAGCCUCGUCGGCGGGCAGGAGCAGCCUUCGCCCGCGGCGGACGCGGCUGGCGGUGCCGGCGGCGACGAGGGGCACGCCGGCUCCGGCCAAGAAGGAGAAGAGCAUCCUCGACUUCAUCGUCAGCGCCAUCGUCAAGGACGAGCAGGAGUUCAUCGAGACCAACCCGCUGCUCAACAAGGUGGACGGCCCGGCGCCCUCCGCCGGCGGCACCGCCUCCAGGAAGGCCGGCGGCACCACCUCCGCGGGAAAGAAGCCCGCCGCCGACAGCGAGGGCGGCGGCGGCUUCAACCUCGGCGGCCUCUUCGCCAAGAAAGGCUAACUGGACCAGCUAGCCGACCUAUGUACGCUCGCGCUUCUCAUAGCUCGAUUUAUUGCUGUAACUCCAUGAAAAACAUCGCAGAGAUUUGCAUAUAUGUACACGCGGUGUGACUACUCGAAUGUUUCUUGCUGUGAUAAUUGCCUUAUAGUUUUGUAUUCUUCAAACAACAUCUCUCAAAGGCUCAGUAUGAUGUACUCAUGGUAAUCUUGCUUUGCUAAGAUCACAAUACUGACAACCUUAUCUUUGA